AUGGUCGUCCGUAUCCCUGCCGCCGGUAUGACCGAGUACAUCUUCUUCGGCGCUGCCGGCGUCGGCACGCUCGCCCCGCUCGCCAUGGGCAUCCCCGGUGCUGAAGAGCGCGUGGCUCGGGCGACGGCCAAGUGGGCGCCCCGAUGGGAGCGCAACAUCAACUACUUUACGAACCACGUCCCCGUCGAGCGCGGCAUCCAGCGCAUCACACCUCCCGUUGAACGCGCCGUUCAUCGCGUCGAGCACGAAUUGCCUCUCGAGAAAGCGGCUGUGGCUACGAGCCAUGUCGCGGAGAAGAGCAUGAAGCCGUUGGAGAUGAUUAAGCACAAUUGGACUAUGGAAUGA